UUCUGUUGUACAGACAAAUAUAUCUACCCAUUGUUAUUAAUGGUCUCAGCUUAAAAAAUGUUUAGGGAGGAUGUUUUUGUCUAGAGGUUUUGUCUUGCAGAAAUGUAUUCGAAAGCAUUUUCUGUUGAUCUGGGUAAUCGGCAUUAUUUUUAAAUAAUUCCUCCCUAAUUUUUAUGUUACCAAUGGGCAAAGUGGGCGGGAAAAAAUAAUGUUUGUGAUAUACCUAAUGAAAACAACACAUUGUUAGUAUUUUCAUGCUGUACCUGUUUUCCCGUGGUCAGAAUAUGGGGGCCAAUGUGAGUUGUGGAAUUUUCUUUAAAGAUAAAUAAAAAUCAGUUUGUGUCAAAGACGUUAUUUCAGUAAUCAAUAAUCAACAGUAAUAUUUAUUCUGGAAACUUAAAGAUUUUUUUCAAAGUUUAAUGAAAAAUUUUUCAAGUGUUUCUGUAUUUGCACUCCAGAACAGUUUUAAGCUGGCCGGAGGUCUGGACACAGUAAGUAAAUAGUGCUCGUGCUGCAUCAAGGAGAGCACGGACGAGUCAGAGGACUGAUGGCUGCCGGGCGACAUGGCAGUGCCGGUGAGCCCUGCGCGACGAUGCCUGCAGUGCGCAGCCUUCCUUGCUGCGUUCACUGUCGUCAUGACCAUCCUGCUGGUCUCCACCGAUGUUAGAGUUCCCAGAAGCAGAAAAUUGCUGAAUUUAUCUGAAGACCUAGAUUUUCGCAAUGUGGUUCAAGAUGACCCUCAGUUGAUAUCAUACAUCCAGGCAGUUCACCUGCGCUACCCUCAAGGUAGCGGCACCAUUGAUGGCAAUCAGAGUGCUCCCAGGCUCCUGCCCUUAUGGACACCACUAGUUGCAAAACUGUUGCGCUAUAAGCGAGGAGGUGUGUUCGUGGAGGCUGGAGCGUACGGGGGCGGCCGGCCCUCGGACACACAGUGGCUGGAGCGUAGCCUUGGCUGGCGAGGCCUGCUAGUGCAAUCCAACCCUCUCGACUUCCUGGCUCUGCGCAAGCAUACCCGCCCAGGCUCGUCUUGCCUGCUCGGCUGUCUCAGCCCAAUGCCUUAUCCUAAAGAGGUCAGCGUGAGGAACGCUUGGAAGCAGGUGCCCGAUAGUCCAGCUGACCACUUGUUCUCUCGCGUCAAGUGCUUCCCGCUCUACUCGCUGUUAUUGGCUGUCAACACAUCCUCUGUCGACUACCUCAGCCUGAGCUCUGAUGGCUCGGAGCUGCAGGUGCUGAAAACCAUUCCCAUGGAUCGAGUGAACAUCAAUGUGAUUGGUGUGCAGUGGCAUGAAACACGUGCAGAAGAUAUGUUGUCCUUUAUGGCGAGACACCAGUAUCACCUGAAGAAGAAAUUUGAUCAGUUCUACAUAUUUGUGCAUCAGAGAGUUGAAACAUGAUGCUUGCAAUGCAGGAAUGCAUAAGCAUUGUUUGUAUAGUGUUGGUGCAGGGUUGUUGCAGUGCCGUUACAAUUCUGUUAACAUGUGAACUGUUUAACUUAUUGAUCAAUGCAUAAAACAGGAAAAACAGACAACUAUGACUUGGGCAAAUGAAACUAGUCAAAUGUCUCUUCUAUGGCCUCUGGGAAUAAUGACACUCAAAAGUACCCCCUUUUUUGGGUAAUUGUACAAAAUUUUGCUCAAAAAAUAUUGUAUUGUUUUA